GACUUUUUCGAUGCCUUCUAUCUUGCAACUUUCAUGCCAAAACUAUCGUGGACAUCGCUGAUAGCAGUCCUGGUAAUCCAUUAUGUGCAAACUGCGCUAGAAUUGCAGGACCUGCAUCAAAGAACGCAAAGUAUCCUGACCCGUCUUCACGCGGCGACUGGCGUCACUACCAACAGCACAAAGGGGGACCUACUUGCAACACUGCGGGAAUUGUGCUACAGCUCAGAACCGCUACGACCGCAAAUUCGCAAACACAUUCGCGUUUAUUCGUCUAUUCGACAAGGAUUGUCUCCCAAGGGAAGAGCUUUCCUCGUAAAACUCGGCAGUCGCCAGCAACCCUGUUCGUCUACUACCUACACUAGUAACACUACUCAAGUGAUGCCAAGAUCACCAGCAUUGGAGAUGAUUCCUGACCGUGAACCGCCUUUUGAGAGCUCAAACAUUAUGAUACCGCAUUCAGAAAAUGAUAUCGACAGAUUCAGUCGAGAGUCAUUCAAGCGAAGGCAUUCGUUGAAUGAUAGCUCAACAGUUCUGCAAGAAGCUCUCGAAGUACUGUUCACGUCGGAAUGCCUUGUUUUGAUCGAGUACGUGGAAAUCGUCAUCCCCAUACUCUAUGGUGCGUAUGUGCUGGGAAUGGCCCAUUUGUCUAGCGCGCAGUAUCAUACCGAAAUGUUUGGGAUCACUCGUGAGAAUGUUGGAGGCAUGGUGUCACGAAUGUUCCUUUAUGGGAUUCUAGAGCUCGUAUCGCUCAUACUUCUAGCUGUGAUCUCAAUGCGCAAUUGUGGUAUCCAGAUACUGUAUCAGCUAGGCUUUGUGCUGGAGACGCAGAUGCAGUUCGUAUUGUCCAAACUGAUGCUGUGGAUAGAGUUCACGUUAACUUACCGCGUUGUGCACUUU